CCACCACGUCCGUCUCAUAUAUUUUUGGUUUUGCCACGCUGCCGCUCGAUCCCGAGACUGCUCGACCGGAGAAGUGCACACACAAGCCAGCCAAGGCCCCCGAGCUGCUGAGAUGGCACAAGCCAUGGCGUCCAUGACCGGCCUCUCGCAGGGCGUGCUGCCCAGCAGGCGCGCCGCCAGCAGGGCCAGGGCGGCCGUCGUCAGGGCAUCGGCCGAGGGCGAGGCCGCGGCGCAGGCUGGCCGCCGCGCCGUGCUCGGGCUGGUGGCCACCGGCAUCGUCGGCGGCGUCUUCACCCAGGCGGUGCGCGCCGAUGAGGCCGUCAAGACCAUCAAGAUCGGGCCCCCGCCGCCGCCCUCUGGGGGACUUCCCGGGACCUUGAACUCUGACCAGGCCAGGGACUUCGACCUCGCCUUGAAGGAGCGGUUCUACCUGCAGCCGUUGCCACCGGCGGAGGCCGCAGCCAGGGCCAAGUCGUCGGCGCAGGACAUCCUCAACCUCAAGCCACUCAUCGACAAGAAGGCUUGGCCGUAUGUCAUGAACGACCUCCGCCUCCGGGCCUCCUACCUGCGCUACGACCUCAACACCGUCAUCGCCUCCAAGCCCAGGGAGGAGAAGAAGAGCCUCAAGGAGCUCACCGGCAAGCUCUUCAGCACCAUCGACGAUCUUGACCAUGCGGCAAAGAUCAAGAGCACCCCAGAGGCUGAGAAAUACUACGCGGCGACCAAAUCUGCCCUCGAUGAUGUUUUCGCCAAGCUAGGCUAGAUGGAAUAUAAUGGGCUAAUGGCCAUGUAAUUUCAGACUUUUGUGUUUGUUCAUAUGGAUAUGGAGCCGGCAAUGUGCCAUUUCCUGUUGAUAUUAUAUCAACAAGCACGUAACUAUGAUGCUAUCGUGAGGUCUUGACAAGUACAGUUCCAAGCAGAUGUGAUAAUCAGAAAUUGACACCAACAAUAAUACGAGAUCCACGUA